GGGGGGGGGGAACAGGUGUGAAGGUUCUCUCGUCGCCCCGUCCCGGGCGUGUGGACGUGAUUCGGCGCAGCAUCUCCGGACACACACUCCCCGCACACUCGCGUUAUUGUCGGAGCGGGUCCGGAUCCCUCAAGUCCUGGGAAAGUUCCAGGGGCCGGCGGAGGGAUCUGACAUGGCGGCGCUGCGGUUCCAGCCAGCCUGACGCCGAGGUUGUGGCACUCGUGAAGGGAUCCGGGCGCCUCGCGAGCGCGCGCGAGCGCGCUCGCACACACACACACACACACACACACAGACAGACACACACACACAGACACACACACAGACACACACACACUGUGUCUUACUGCUGCUCCGGUGCUGCGCCGGCCUGACCUGAACGAUACGGCGCAGGCUGCACCGCGGACCCGUCCGCCGCCGCGGCAGUGCACUUGUUGGAGAGGGAGAAGGAGACGAUUGAAACUUGACCCUAGACUUCUGGCUGUGUGAAGAAUAACCUUCCCUGUUGGAGAUUGUAAUUCCAGAGCUGCCGGGUCUCUUUCUGUGCCAAUGCAGAGAGAAAGGAUUUAGAGGUUUGCUCUGCGCUGGACGUGGUCCAACUCCUCCACCGACGCUGCUCUUCCUCGAGACGGGAACGGCGGAUACGAAAAAAAACAAAACUGUUUACAGAGACUCAUCGCACUACCUCUCUACCCUCUCCCCCAUCCCAUUGCCUCUUCUCUCUGUUGACUUCUUAUCCAUUGACUUUUUUUUUUCCCUCUCUCGUGUGAAAGCGUAUCCCUCUCCCCGCGCCCGUCUCCUCGUCUUCGUCGACCCAACCUAUUCAUCCAGAAUGAACACCUCUACCUCCAUCACCUCCCUCUUCUCCUUCACCAGUCCAGCAGUGAAGCGGCUGCUGGGCUGGAAGCAAGGGGAUGAGGAGGAGAAGUGGGCGGAAAAGGCUGUGGACUCGCUGGUCAAGAAACUAAAGAAAAAGAAGGGGGCGAUGGAGGAACUGGAGAGAGCCCUGAGCUGCCCUGGCCAGCCCAGCAAGUGCAUCACCAUCCCUCGAUCCUUGGACGGCAGACUGCAGGUGUCCCACAGGAAAGGCCUUCCCCAUGUCAUCUACUGCCGGGUGUGGCGCUGGCCCGACUUGCAGUCCCACCAUGAGCUCAAAGCCCUGGAGUGCUGUGAAUUCCCGUUCGGCUCCAAGCAGAAGGACAUCUGUAUCAACCCAUACCACUACAGGCGUGUGGAAACUCCAGUGCUGCCCCCAGUGUUGGUCCCACGCCACAGCGAGUUCAACCCUCAGAACAGUCUACUGGCCAAGUUCCGCAACACCUCGCUGCACAAUGAGCCUCUGAUGCCCCAGAACGCUACCUACCCCGACUCCUUCCCUCCCCUGCACUGCUCCUCUUUCGCCUCCUCCCCUUCUUCGUCCCUUGCUCAGUCCCCCACCUCGCAGAGCUACCCCAGCUCCCCCAACAGCGCUGCAGAACCCGGGAGCCCGUAUCACAUCACAGCCGAGACACCCCCGCCUCCGUACAGCAUGAUGGAGACCACUCCUCAAGAAGACGUGAAGCCCAGCAACUCCUCAAAUACCAACAAACUCAUAAUUUCCACCCCUCACAGAGAUUUACGACCGGUGUGUUAUGAGGAACCAGAGUACUGGUGCUCCAUCGCGUACUAUGAGCUCAACAACCGGGUGGGCGAGACGUUCCACGCCUCCUCCCGCAGCGUCUUGGUGGACGGCUUCACGGAUCCGUCAAACAACAAGAACCGCUUCUGUCUCGGCCUGCUGUCCAACGUCAACCGCAACUCCACCAUUGAGCACACACGCAGACACAUAGGCAAAGGCCUGCAUCUGUACUACGUGGGUGGGGAGGUGUACGCCGAGUGUUUGAGUGACAGCAGCAUCUUCGUCCAAAGCCGCAACUGCAACUUCCAGCACGGCUUCCACGCCACCACCGUGUGCAAGAUCCCCAGCGGCUGCAGCCUCAAAAUCUUCAACAACCAGCUGUUUGCCCAGCUUCUCUCCCAGUCUGUCAACCACGGCUUCGAGGUGGUGUACGAGCUCACCAAGAUGUGCACCAUCCGCCUGAGCUUCAUCAAGGGCUGGGGCGCUGAAUACCACCGCCAGGAUGUGACCAGCACCCCCUGUUGGAUUGAGGUGCAUCUCCAUGGACCUUUGCAGUGGCUGGACAAGGUCCUCACACAGAUGGGCUCUCCGCACAACCCCAUCUCUUCAGUCUCCUAACACACACCCUCUUGUUGUGUGCUCUUGGUCCUAGUCCUAGUUUCUGAAUGUAUCACCGGGUUUUCCUGCCCUGCUGUCGUUUCGUCAUUUCAUCCUGACUUAAGGUAGUGGUGAAAAUGUUAUUAUAGCUUUGUCAAUUCAUCUCGGUGAGCUGCAGUCUUUUGAGGCAAACAUCUCUGAAUUUCGUUUUCCCUAAUUUACUGCCAACGUAGUUUUAACAGACGAGUGUUUCUGCACUUCGGCAAGACUACGACGCAUUUAUUCGAUCUCUAUUGCAACAUAAUGGCACUCGGGAGACGAGACAGAAUGGGAUUUAUGUGUAGGUACUGAAAGACUAGAGUUUAAAUGUUAUUCGUGUGUGUACCAUGUGUUGAGCUUGCGUACUUACUGUUUGACAACAUGCCCCAAUUGCUUUUUAC